AGACGUUUCAGGGGGUGUAUCACCAGAGAGGAAGAGCAUAGUUACUAUUUGGUGUCACCGUUUUCUGUGUAGAUUGCUCGGGUAUAAGACAUUCCGUUAGCUGAGGUGAGGCCAAUGACUAUAGUAGACAAUUGGCGUUCCCUCAAGUCACGUCAUUGGCCAACAUCGGGACUACAGAUCCCAGAAUGACCUGCGACCACGUUUGUUAUCAAACAUGCUAAAAUGUUGUUGUUAGCUAGUCGUUAGCCAGCAGCUGUCCAAAUAUACUUCCUUCGUUGUUAUUUUAUCUUAAUUAGCUAAGAAACAAUUACAUGAGCCUACUCUUACCUGCCAUGAAAAACGUUAGCUUCCCUAUAGCAAUGCUGAAACUAAGUACCAUUAGCUAAACUAUCAACAAUGCUAUCAUUUUGAACUAGCUACAUUGCAGUUGUGUAACGUUUGGAUUUUAGUGUCUGCCAGUGUUAUUGAGAAUCACAGCUUGCCUGAAUUGGACCAUCCUCUGCUGUUUGACUGUUGCUUCUGUUAGUGCGGUGGCUGCCACAGAAUGCUGUCUACUGUGAGGACAUUGUUGGCUAGAAUAUCCAGUAGUGUGAGUUCAAGGUCUGUGAUUGGUUUGACACGACCUCUCUGCAGCCAUCGGACCUAUUCAACGGACCCUGCUGCUGUCAGGGUGCUAUAUGAUGGAGAAUGCCCCAUAUGUGUUAAAGAGAUCCAAUUCCUGCAGUAUCUGCAGAGAAACCGACCAGGGAAAGUCGACUUUGUGGACAUCUCCCUGCAAUGCUUCAAUGAAGAGAAGUAUGGGGGAAUCAGCUAUGAGAUGGCCAUGGACGAGAUGCACGUGAUUGAUGAGAAUAACAAGGUUCACCGUGGAGUUCCAGCCUUUACAGUCAUGUACAGUGCUGUUGGUUUAGGCUGGCUGGGCCGCUUCAUGUCAUGGCCUCUCGUUAGACCCGUCAUGGACAAAGCCUAUGCAAUCUUUGCUAAAAACCGCCUGAAAUGGACCGGACGGGAAGACUGUACUACAGGACGCUGUGUGAAGAAAGAACCUUGACAUGGAGGUUAAAAACUAAAAUUAUAAAAACUAACCCGUAAACAGAGGAGACAGCACCUCAUUACAGUCAAUAUAAACUCUAUUUCCUCUUUAUAUCAGGUGCACUUGGGCACUGAGUUCCACCACUGACUGAAACUUAGUAAUAGAGCUUGCACUCCUUUUGCUGGAACACAUGCAGGAAAUGUACACUAUAUAAAUGCCCUUCUAGCCUCAUCUCUUUUUGCCAUACAGACAUUCUUUCCAUCUGAAAUCUUCAGGCAUAACUACUUAAAGCUAUCACUAGAUGGCAUCCUUAUCUGAGACAAGGCUAUUGAAUAGGUCCCAGUACAUUUAAAUGUAUUGUUUGCAAAUCAGCCAUGAAUAAAUAAUUUGCUAUGAUCAUCAACCAUUUUCAAGUUGGCAUGUUUUUUCAUUAGGUUGUUUGACACAAAGGAUGAAUAAUACAGUUACAGAGAUGGUAUAAUAUUGUAUGUUAGUUUGUAUAUUUCUUAGUCAUUCACUACCUAAUGGUCAUUCAAAAGUAAAUAUUGUUGAAAAUCCUCCCAAAAUGAUGUUGAGGAUCGUCCUGAGAAAAUAACUCAAGAUAAAGUUAACUUUGAUGCCUCAACAAUAUCUUUCUGAUUUUCAGAGUGCUCAAGGAGUCUCUGUGCAUCAUGUGCCUGACAAACUUUGAGAUACUUAGUGAUGUUCUAUGUUGUUUACUAAACAUGGACCCAGUAUGUGACAAGGUUAUUUUAGGUUGGUUGUAGAUAUAUAUAUUGGGAUAUAUAUGAGUUGGGCUCUUGCCUAUGCACUUGUUGACCUAUAUUGCUUUACAGAUCAGGCUAAUGCAAAUUUACAGUGCAUUCGGAAAGUAUUCAGACCCCUUGACUUUUUCCUUAUUUUGUUACGUUAUUCUAAAAUUGAUUAAAUUGGUUUUUCCCUCAUCAAUCUACACACAAUAUCCCCAAAUGACUAAGCAAAGACAGGUUUAUAGAAGUAAAAAAAAAAAAAAAAAAAAAAUGAAAUAUCACAUUUACACAAGUAUUCAGACCCUUUAUUCAGUACUUUGUUGAAGCACCUUUGGCUGCGAUUACAGCCUCAAGUCUUAUUGGGCGUAACACUACACGCUUGGCACACCUGUAUUUGGGGAGUUUGUUCCAUUCCUCUCUGCAGAUCCUCUCAAGCUCUGUCAGGUUGGAUGGGGAGCGUCGCUGCACAGCUAUUUUCAGGUCUCUCCAGAGAUGUUAGAUCGGGUUCAAGUCCGGGCUCUGGCUGGGCCACUCAAGGACAUUCAGAGACUUGUCCCAAAGACACUCCUGAUCUCACAGUCCCUGCCACUGAAAAAUAUCCCCACAGCCUGAUGCUGCCACCACCAUGCUUCAUCACUAUUGGCCAGGUGAUGAGCGGUGCCUGGUUUUCUGCCAGAUGUGACGCUUGACAUUCAGGCCAAAGAGUUCAAUCUUGGUUUCAUCAGACCAGAUCAUCUUUACUCAUGGCCUGAGAGUCCUUUGGGCUGUCAUUUGCCUUUUACUGAGGAGUGGCUUCCGUCUGGCCACUCUACCAUAAAGGCCUGAUUGGUGGAGUGCUGCAGAGAUGGGAGAACCUUCCAGAAGGACAACCAUCUCCACAGAGGAACUCUGGAACUCUUUCAGAGUGACCAUUGGGUUCUUGGUCACCUCCCUGACAAAGGCCCUUCUCCACGAUUGCUCAGUUUGGCCGGGCGGCCAGGUCCUGGUGGUUCCCCAGAUUUAUGACUUCACACAAUCCUGUCUCGGAGCUCUAACGACAAUUCCUUCGACCUCAUGGCUUGGUUUUUGCUCUGACAUGCACUGUCAACUUUGGAACCUCAUAUAGCCAGGUGUGUGUGCCUUUCCUAAUAAUUUCCAAUCAAUUAAAUCUGCCACAGGUGGAUUCCAAUCAAGUUGUAGAAAUAUCUCAAGGCUGAUCAAUGGAUACAAGAUGCAUCUGAGCUCAGUUUUGAGUCUCAUAGCAAGGGUCUGAAUACUUUCUGAAUGCACUGUACAUAGCAAAUAUUUGGAAUGUAAAUUUUAACAAUGCUAGUGAAAUAGGAACUAUACACUGUACGUUUUUCAGUCUGAGAAGCUCUGCAUACUGUCAAUAUUAUGUUAGUUCUGAGAGGCGUAACAAAACAUCACUUGACACCCACAUCUGUCUAAAAUAUGUACUGGCUAGAAUGGAAGUUGUGACUUUCAACUCACUCUGAAAUCCCUAUCGCCCCUUCUCUUUAUUUAGACAUCUACUCCAUGUACUUCACAGCCUGUAGUCAGUCAGUGGUAACAGCAGGUGACCUUAAGCAGAGGGAUCUGCGGUCUUAAAGAGGAUUGGUCAGUCAGAGGGCUGCUAUGCCCAACCCUCUGCUCAGACCAGCCAAUAGUAUACAGACCCUACAGGAAGGUAGGAUGAGAUUAAGCAUCAAAACAGAAACAGUGUUGGUUCUUUUGAAGAGUUGCCCUGCAGGACAUCUAAUAAGAAACUGUUUCAGGAUAGAGAGCAAAACAUUAAAGGAAGCAAGCGGAGGAUAACAGGAGAAGAGUUGCCCCAGGGACCAAAUGAUUCUGAUAUCUAAGCCUAAGCCAAUACAGGCCCAGCUCCUAGCCCACCGUUGGUUGUCUUUGUCUCCAGCCGGCUACAUCCAAGCUAAAGAUGGGUCGGUUCCGCAACAUAAACCUGUGUGUGAGUCACCUGGGAGGGAGGACGUUAAGACUGUUCUGCAAGCUCAGGUACCUCAUAACCAUCCUUAGAACCUUCCCUCACCUGGCCAAGACACCCCUAGCCUUGGACUUCCGUAGCUGCUCCUUGCCUUCCUCUCCCCUGCCUCCCAGCUUUGCCAGGAAAGGAGCCCCUAAGAGCUUGAGGUUCAAGCACAUGAGCUUGACCGCUGAGUACCUCCUUGGGGGUGGUACCAGAGGGAUGAUAUACUCCCAGGCGGCCCGUGUCUACUCAACCUCUAGUAGGGAUGUGUUGAAGGCUGAGGCCCCCAUCGGGGUCCUUCAGGAGGACAGCCUUCAGGAGGACAGCCAGACACCCUUUCAGUUGAGCAUGCUUUGUCUGGGUGAUUCGUUUAAUCGCCUCUCCAGACACAUCAAUAUUUACUUCAAGAGAAAGGAUGUGACCCAGCUGUCCUCUGUUGCUGGGAAUGUGGGGUUUGUCGUCACAACUCAGGAGAAUCUGGGCAGCAGGCCACAGAGGCGUAGUCAAAGUAACAGGGUAGCCAGGGAGAGAAGAGCAUCGGAGGACAGUGAGACAACAACACAGCAGCCUUUGGAAAAUGAAAACGAUCUUGAGACGUCAGACAGCCAGACAGAGACAAGCUCCGCCCCCCUGCGAUAUGGUGGACUGCAGUUAUUUCACAUCAGUUCCAUUGCCACCAGGUUUGGAGAAAGUUACAGUUAUGUUGCUCAUCACAUAAACUCAUCACAUGAACACCUAAAGUCAGUGUUCACCAAAGGUUUGGCACAAGACGUCCUAGGUUCAACUCUGGAAGAAACUCUGGAGGAUCUGGCUUCAAGCAGAGUGUCGACCAGGAGGAUGAGGAGGAGGAAAACAAUAAAAAUCAGUUACAUUGAAAGUGUAAAGGAAACUGAAGCGGCUCAUUUAAAGACUAGUGCAGCUGUAGCUCAGACCACAGCCAUUCAGAAACCAGCCAUUGAAAGUGCUGAUAUCUCCAACAACUGGGAGGGAGAGGCAGAGGGCUACCUUCACUUUGCCCAGCACGUCAACAGAUACUUUGGAGCCAAAACGGUUACAGACGAAACUGAACUACCACCACCUCAAACAGAACAUCUGGUUGCGGACCACAUGCCAAACAGCAGGACGUAUCAACAGCAGUGUUCUAAAUCUUCUACUUACAGACAUGAACAAUCACCCACAGGGCUAAAGCAGGAAGAUCCACCCAUCCGUCCCAAAUCCCUUUUCCACAUCAGUAACAUCACAACCAGUUUCGGUGAGAACUAUGCAUACAUGGCUAAUUACGUCAACAGCUAUUUCAAAGGCAGCUAUGAUGCCGUGGAGGAGGAGGAAUUAGAAAGAGGUCCCAUCGAGGAACGCAGGGGAGAAUGGGAGAUGGAGUAUGGAUCCGUAAGGGUCCCGAAACCACAGCCUGCUGUAUCCUUCAUGGAGUGCCUUCUCAAUCCCAGUAGUGCCAUCCCCAGCCUCCUGGGGGGGUAUCUGGGGGGCUCCUGGGCUCAGAGCAACCAGGCCCAGCCUGCCUCUAUGCUCAGUGAGGCCACACUUAGAAGAAUGGUGAUGGGCAGGAGACAAGCAGAGGAGAUGACCCGUGCUUUGGUGUUCAGUCUACAACAGGCCUUCUCUCCUGAGGCCAUCACCGAAGUUGUCGAUGAGCUCAACACACACCUCAUCCGACACCCAGGAUGCAAAGCAGUGGUCUGGCAGGAGAAAGCUGCUGUUCAGCUCUUAAGACAACGGCGCAGCCAUAGAGAAGACCAGGAACUUCAGUGUGUCAUUAGGGAAACCUUGGCUCUGAUUGGCUAUGUGGAUCCAGUCAAAGGUCGUGGAAUCCGAGUGCUCUCAAUCGAUGGUGGUGGAACAAGAGGGGUGGUGCCACUGCAGGUCCUCAAGCAGCUGGAAGCGGAAACAGGCAAGCAGGUUCACCAGCUGUUUGACUACAUCUGUGGAGUGAGCACAGGGGCAGUGUUGGCCUUCAUGCUUGGCCUGGCCCGUUUCUCUCUAGAGGAGUGUGCAGAUAUGUACCGUCGUUUUGGCUCGGAUGUGUUCCGUCAGAACCCCUUGGUGGGCACAAUGAAGAUGGGCUGGAGUCACUCCUACUACAGCACCGAGACCUGGGAGAUGAUACUGAGAGAGAAGAUGGGCGACCAAGUUCUGAUUAAAACAGCCAGGGAUGAGUUGAGCCCCAAGGUGUCAGCCGUGAGCGCCGUGGUGAACUGGGGGACCAGUCCCAAGGCCUUUAUCUUCAGGAACUACAACCACAGCCCAGGCCGUCUCAGCCGCUACGCAGGGGGGUCUGGGUACCAGAUGUGGCAGGCGGUGAGAGCGUCGUCCGCCGCCCCGGGAUACUUCCAGGAAUUCCCCUUACACAGUGACAUCCAUCAGGAUGGUGGCCUCAUUCUAAACAACCCUUGUGCCCUCGCCGUCCACGAGAGCCGUCUCCUGUGGCCCAACCAGCCUUACCAGUGUGUCCUGUCGCUCGGCACCGGUCGCUAUGACAAUGCUAAGCGGAGCCCGGGCACCUCCACCAGCCUGCGUGCCAAGAUCAACCACCUGAUUUGCAGUGCCACCGACACAGAGGGGGUCCACACCCUCCUGGACGACUUGCUGGCCCCAGACGUCUACUUCAGGUUCAACCCCAUGCUGAGUGCCGAGGUAUCCCUGGAUGAGAGCAGCAUCAGGGCCAUGGAGCAGCUGCAGGCUGACACCCAGGUCUACCUGGACAGGAACAAGCCCAAGAUGGCCAGGCUGUGUAAGGUGCUGGGGCAGGAGCGCACUGCUCUGAGCCACACCAAGGACUGGGUCAGUGAGAGAGCCUGGGAGAUGCAGCAGAGCUGGGUUUGAGGGUCCUAGGUCACAGGUUAGGUUUUAUUACUCAGUGCCUGUAGUUUUAUACCCUGUUUUUAUUUUGAAAACGUUGGAGCAAACUCUUCCUUCCUCCCAAAUGCACACAUACACCUUUCUGUUUAAAUGACUGUGUAAGUUCGUGUUUCUAUAUAUGAACACCAAAAUGAAGAAAUACAUUGUUGGAUCUCUGUUAAUCCAUGCAAAGGGCUCUGUCUGUCAUGCAUUUAUGUAUGCAAAAUCAAAACUGCAUAGUAAUUUAUAUAUAUUCAGUACUGUAUAUGUAUUGGUAUGAAUGAGGAUGCACUCCUUUAUGGAGUAAGAUUUACUGUGAAUCCAAUGGCUGGAAUAUUGUUAAGUGUAUUUGCACUUCCAGAUCUGGGUUCUAACACUAUUUAGGGUAUUUCAAUUACUUUUAAAGACAUGUGGAAGUAAGUAUUUCAUUUUUUGGAAAAACAAAUUUAAGACAAGUAGUUGAAUAUUAAAAUUUAUUUGGAAAUACACUUGGAAAGUAUUUGAAAAUACUCAAAUACACUCCCAUUCAUUUAACUGAGGUAUUUGAAAAUACUUUCAAGCAGAAGGCUAUUUAUAUGGAAUCAUUUGAAAAAUAAUUCCAGUAGAAGUAGUUGAUUCCGGCCACGUUAUUUGAAAAUACUCAAAUACACAGAAAAUAAGUAUUUAAAUGACAUGUAUUUGAACCCAGGUCUAGCACUGACCGUAUAUUGAAGAUGUUUGCACUGAGGGAAUUCGUGUAGCUGCUAGUGAUAUGUGUUAUCUCAUAUUAUUAUAACAUUUUUGUAAAUGUUAAAUCUAUUUAUAUAUUAUUUAAAACACAUUAUUAUGGAAAAAUUAUAUGCUGUGUUUUGUAAAAUGCCUCAUCCUCUUAAAAGCUCUGGAGUGUACAGCAAACUUGUCCCUCGCAUAAUUGUGAAAUAUCUGCCCUCAUGAUGUGCUCAGCUGAGGCCUUUACAUUCAAGUAAUAACAUAUCUAUCUUCUCAGACCCAGUAAUUCCCCACCCAGACUUGGAUUGGAGUUGGUGAUGUAACAAUUGAGCAAUUAAAAAGCAACUUGUCAUG